CUACACAUCCUUCUAUAUCCAUUCAGUUCCACCUAUCUUGGCUUCAAGAUAGUUCGAGAUUUCUAGGUAGCGUUGCACCAAUGACAACAACAAUGAAGACCACCAUCACCUUCUCUGCCAUUCUAUUCUUCUUGCUUUCUGUGGCAAUCACUGCUGAGACCAACGACUCUGGUAGUGGCGUGGUGAGGGUGACCAGCCUCAUGGUGGAAGCAUGCAAGAGUGCCUCAGGCUAUCAUCGUGAGCUUAAAACUAUCACACAUGAGUUUUGCUUGUCGACCCUCCGGUCAGACAAUAGGAGUGUGGAGGCAAAGGACCACCUUGAACUGGUGCUAGUUGCCAUCGACAUCCUUAAAGGCGGCCUCACCACUGCCAAUCACAACAUUGAGAAAAUGCUAGAAAGAGCAAAGAAUGGCACGGUGCCGAUGCGCGAUCUUAGUAUUUGCAAGGUGUACUAUGAUACAACAAUGAGAAUCGUCAAUAUAUGUGAUGACAUGGUCAAAGAUUUCCGCGGAGAUAAGGGCAGGCUAAAGUCCUUUGAGCUUCCUCGUUGUGUUGACAGAGCAGGCUACCCAGUUGACCAGUGCUGGUUCGGUCUUCAAUUCGAUAUGCCAUGGGCGGAUGCAUUAAUGAGUGAAAAUCGUGAGAUUGACAUGGUGGUCAACCUUGACUAUGCCUUCCUAGCACCAUAUGAUGUCAGUGAUUAAUACAAUGCUAGUUUUGUCUGCGAUAAAUGAUGUUGUAGCAACAUCAAUUUUAUUUCAUUUAAAAUAAUGUUUAAAGUGUCA